AUGAAUGUCGUGGGGAGACAGAUGGCGCGAUCUAAUUCGGCGAUGCACCACCAGCGUCAGUACUCGGACAACUUCAUGGACGCCUCCUCCAAGUGGCUCCAGUCCUCCAGUCUCUCACAGGACUUUGAGUUGUACGGCUCGAAAACGAGCAGGAAUAAUCAGAGAAGUGUUCGUGAGCGAUCACCGGACGCUUCGAUUGCAUCGCGAUCGUCGACCACGAGAAGGAACGGUGACGAUCGAGUUUCGCCCAGUGAGCUCAGCCCCGGCUUGCUUGAUCUGCAUUCCUUUGACACCGAGUUAUUGCCUGAGAUGCCCGUUUCAGGCCAAUCUAAUGGGCACCCGCUUCAUCAUCCUGGUCGUGGUAAAAGUCUUGACGACUCUGAGCCAUUUCUCUCCACCAACAAGCUUACAAGCAGAUCACGGGGUUUGCCUGAGAAUAAUCUACUCAAGAGUUUUUCAUCGGAUAAAGAAAGGGCCAAUAGUGUUGCUAAGAUCAAAGUUGUGGUACGCAAGAGACCACUAAAUAAAAAGGAAAUUUCAAAGAAAGAGGAAGACAUUAUUACAAUAGAACCAGGUUCUAAUGCUCUCACAGUUCAUGAAACAAAACUUAAGGUUGACUUAACAGAAUAUGUCGAGAAACAUGAAUUUGUUUUUGAUGCUGUGCUGAAUGAAGAUGUUUCAAAUGAUGAGGUGUACUUUGAGACUGUGGAGCCCAUAGUUCCACUGAUUUUCCAACGAACAAAAGCAACUUGCUUUGCAUAUGGGCAGACAGGCAACGGGAAGACUUACACUAUGCAACCACUACCCCUUAAAGCAUCCCAAGAUAUUCUAAGAUUAAUGCUCGAUACUUACCGAAACCAAGGUUUUCAGUUAUUCGUUAGUUUCUUCGAGAUAUAUGGAGGGAAACUGUAUGAUCUCCUAAAUGAUCGAAAAAAGCUUUGCAUGAGAGAGGAUGGUAAACAGCAAGUGUGCAUUGUGGGUUUGCAAGAGUACAGGGUGUCAAAUGUGGAGACAGUCAAGGAGUUCAUUGAGAAGGGAAAUGCCACAAGAAGUACUGGUACAACUGGUGCAAAUGAGGAAUCUUCCCGAUCACAUGCCAUACUUCAGCUCUGUAUCAAAAGAUCAGCUGAUGGAACUGAAUCAAAGCCUGCCCGACUUGUAGGCAAGCUAUCUUUCAUAGACCUUGCUGGAAGUGAGCGUGGCGCAGAUACUACAGAUAAUGAUAAACAGACAAGAAUGGAAGGUGCUGAAAUUAAUAAAAGCUUACUUGCAUUAAAAGAAUGCAUUAGAGCUCUUGACAGUGACCAAGGCCACAUUCCUUUCAGAGGGAGUAAGUUGACUGAAGUUCUUAGGGAUUCAUUUGUUGGUGAUUCACGCACUGUUAUGAUAUCAUGCAUUUCACCAAGCUCAGGAUCGUGUGAACACACUCUCAACACUCUGAGAUAUGCUGAUAGGGUGAAGAGUUUAUCAAAAGGGAGUGGCUCCAGAAGGCAUCAAUCGUCUUCAUUGUCGUUCCUUAGAGACUCAACCACAAUGCCCUUGUCUUCAUCUACCUCAACUGACACAACCUUUGAAGAUGACAUGAAUUAUGUUCCUAGUGAAAAGAGCAGCUUUGCUUGGUCCAAACAGAUUGAGAGAGAACCCUCCCCGCAAUUUAAUGUGGAUCGUGUACCUAGUGGGAGGGUAGAAGGAAGUUUGGCUGCAUCUGUAUAUUCAGAUUACUACAAGGAUCAGAUAGGUGGUCAAAAUCCCAUAGGCACAGAUGAUUUUGACUACCCUGAGCAGGCUUAUGAACAAGAGAAACCAUCGCGAGGGAAUAGUAAGAAGGUAGAGACCUACCAACGAUCAUCUCUGGAGGAAAAGCGAAAGAUUGGCAGUCAGGUGAAAUGGAGGGAUAUGCCUGAUUUUGGGGCUAUCAACUCAAAUUCUGAUGAUGAUCUUAAUGCCGUCUUGCAGGAAGAGGAAGACCUUGUGACUGCUCACCGAAGACAAGUAGAGCAGACCAUAGACAUUGUUAGGGAGGAGAUGAAUCUGCUGGCCGAAGCUGAUCAACCAGGCAAUCGACUUGAUGAUUAUAUCUGUAAAUUGAAUGCCAUACUCUCUGAGAAGGCUGCAGGAAUUCUUCAACUGCAGACUCAGUUGGCUGAGUUCCAGAGGCAUCUGAAUGAGCAUAGUGUUUUAGUAUCUACUUCAAGUAAUUGA